CAGAUAACAGCUACCUCGGGUUUUUAAACAGUUGGCAUGAGGAGAAUAAGCCAAGAGUGCUAAUGUUUGAUGUAGCAUCUAAUAUCCCUUUUUUGUACAAGCUCACAGCGUUUGCCUAUAAAGACUAUGUACGGUUUGGCUAUGUGGACAUGGGCCUGACUGAGACCUCUAAAGUCGUGCAGAGGUUUAGCAUCAACACAUACGCUCCCACCAUGCUCCUGUUCAAAGAGAACACAGACAAACCUGCUGAUGUUAUGCAGGCAAGAGGGAUGAAAAAGCAGAUAAUUGACGAGUUUGUGUCCAAUAAUCGUUUCCUUCUGGUGCCGCGGCUGGUGAAUCAGAAACUCUUCGAUGAGCUGUGUCCAGUUAAACAGUUCCACCGUCGCAGGAAGUAAGAAAUCUCACCUCUAACUGUAGCAUUGGGUGUCGGUGGACUUACUGUAUGUCUCUGAGAAAACUUAGGAGCCGUUUGCACGACAACG